CCAAGACAACGGAGCCAAGAGGAGAAGUGGGAAGGAUACAGACCUCAGCAGGACAGGAUUCUUCCAACACGUCCCUGGAAAACCUCUGCCCCAUCAAGAAAUGCCUCCUGCUGCUUGGGGCAAUUGGGCUGCUGGCAGGGGCGGCCGUCGGGAUGUGGCUUCUAGUGAAAUUCCUGACAGCGCCCCUGUCGGACCAGGAUCCCAGCCCCCUGCAGGACAUGGACUCGAUCCCGACCUGCACAGACGCCGGGGAAGAUGAGCCCGUCAUCACCACGGCUCCCAGGAGAGGUGGAAGGCAGGCCCGGCUGGCUCCUGGCAUGUCACGAGCGGUGGAAUCUCUCCCUGGGGACUCUGAUCUGUAGGCAGCUGGGAUACCUCCAACUCGCCCAUCACAAAGGAGUGAACCUGACAGAUGUCAAGGUGAACGAUACGCAAGGGUUUGUUCAGAUUGUGCCCAACCAGAAGAGCAGCAUUGAAGACGUGUGGCAGGUCAGGAGCAGCUGUGCUUCAGGGCGAAUUGUGGCUCUGAAGUGCUCCGAGUGCGGCCUGCGCUCCAGGGCAGCCCGGAUCGUGGGGGGAAGAGACGCCCCGUUGGGACGCUGGCCGUGGCAGGUCAGCCUGUACCUCAACUCCAGACACGUGUGUGGAGGCUCCGUGGUGGCGCACGACUGGAUCGUCACGGCCGCUCACUGCGUGCACAAUUACAGGCGGCCUCAGGUCUCCAGCUGGCUGGUCUUUGCCGGGAUUAUCGCCCACGUGUCAGUCCCACAGCAGGCCGGGGCAGCGGUGGAGAAAAUCAUCUACCACCCCCGCUAUGACGACAGGAGUCACGACUAUGACAUCGCACUGAUGAAACUCACAGCGCCCUUGAACUUCUCCGAUGCCGUCCGUGCAGUGUGUUUACCGCUGUACCAUCAGGAUUUCCCCCACGGCACCCACUGCUGGAUCUCCGGCUGGGGCUACACCAGACCUGAACACGUUCCUGUUGCUGAGAUGCUGAAGGAAGCUACUGUUCCCUUAAUCAGCACGAAGAAAUGCAACAGCUCCUGCAUGUACUCUGGUGAGCUCACCCCCAGGAUGCUGUGUGCCGGCUACCUGGACGGGAAAGUAGAUGCCUGCCAGGGAGACAGCGGGGGGCCGCUGGUUUGCCAAGAUGAACUCACCUGGCGCCUAGUGGGUAUCGUGAGCUGGGGCACGGGGUGUGCUGAACCCAACUACCCUGGGGUUUACACCAAGGUGGCUGAAUUCCUGGACUGGAUUUAUCAGAUCAUCGAGAUCUAGUGCAGCUCCUGGGAGAAAGUCACCAGCUCUGUCCUCUGCAGCAAGAGCCUUCCAGAGGCAGGAAAUCAGAAACGCAAGCCGGCUCCCUCUGCUUUGGACGGCGCAGAGCUGAGAGGCACAGAGGCAGGGCAAUCAGCAGCACAACAUGCACCUAAAUACAGAGGG